UGCAAUUAAUGAUUUCUAGUCAUAUAUGUAGAGUCGUAUUGUUAAUUUGCAUAUUGUAUUGUAAAUCAUAAUGUAGCUGUAUACUUAAACAAAAUAAUGUGGAUAUGUUGGUUCCCUUAAAAUAAAAAAAACAUAUAAAUAUAAACUUAACAUAUCGGAAAGCAACACUUAUAUGGUUUCACAGCCGGCAUAUUCAAUUAACUUCCCAUUCCAUUACUUUAAUCCUUAGCUAGUAUUCAUUUGGGUAUCUCUUGAAAUACGCCUAUGGUAAUAUGGAGUUUCAAAAAGUAUUAUUAAUCGUUUGUUUUCUUAAGUGUUUCUACUUAGUGAGAGCACGGCAGUUUAGAGUUACAGAUCAAGUAUAUCUAGAUAUACGUGAUGAGAAUAAGGACUUGGGUCGAGUUGUAAUUGGCUUAUUUGGAGAUUUAGCACCGAAGGCUGUCAAGAAUUUUAAGGUACUGGCUACAAAUGGCAUAAAUGGAAUGUCGUACAAAGGCACAAGUUUCAAUCGCAUCAUAAAGAGAUUUAUGAUACAAGGAGGUGAUGUAGUGUCUGACGAUGGAACGGGUUCGGUAAGCAUUUACGGAGAGUCAUUUGAAGACGAAAAUCUGGAUACACAACACAGUUCAGCUGGAUUUGUAUCAAUGGCCAAUAAAGGAAGAAAUACAAACGGCUGUCAAUUUAUAAUAACUACAAUUGGAACGCCGUGGUUGGAUAACUUACAUACUAUUGUUGGAAAGAUAGUGGAGGGUCAAAACGUGGUGCACGUGGUGGAACAUACACCGACGGAUGCACAAGAUCGGCCCACGCGGCGUGUAUAUAUCGCCGACUGCGGACUCCUACCCACUCCACAGCCGUGUUACGUUUCUGAUUAUCCAUACGAGUAG